CUGAUUAAACGGAUGUCGAUUAUAUCGAAUGAGGAGAGAGAGGGAGAGAGAAGCCAUGGGAGAGGGCGAGAAGGGGUAGUAUAAAAAUGACUCUUCGGAGUUCGGAUAGAUAGGGGGAGGGAGAGAGAGAUUCCUGCGAUCAAUCUGAUCGAACCUCCAUUGCUUUCUUCCUAGUUCUGGAAGUGGAGAGGAGAGAUGGGAGUUUGUUGAUUAAUCUUUUUCGAAGAGCUGAGGGUUUUUCUCUGAGACGAGAGGUUCUCUUCUCCACAUCUCUUUAUUUGAUCAUUGAUUUCAGCAAAGCUAAGAAAUUGGGUGUUUGAACCUAGGCGACUUGAACUGCUGCAGAUUUGGGGACUUGAGGAUACGCGCGAGGGCGGAUGGACCGGUAUCAUUACCACACGCGCGCUGGAUGUGGAGCAGGCGGUAAGAGCACCGGCGGAGCAGCGUCUCCUUUGGAGGGGCCAGAAUUGCUUUUAGGUUGGGGAAAGCGAAAGCGGGUCAGGUGCGUUAAGUUCUCCCGAAAGAAAUCCGCCGUCGCCGUCGCUUCCGCCGCCGUCAUUGGGCAAAAAGUCAUGGCAACUCCGAUGGACCGCCAAGCCGUCCAAUCCGAGAAGGAGCAAGCCGCCCCUGGCUCUCGCCGAAACUCUUCGGCGAGCCAUCGCGUUUUGAGGAAUUUGGAUGGAAAUGGGGGGACGAGAGGGGGAGAGAGAUCGUCGCCGCCUGAGGCGGUGAACGGCGGAGGUGGGCCGUGGGGUUCGUCGGAGAAGGGUGGAUCGUCGUCGGGGAGCGAGGGGGCGGCAUGGCCGAGGAUCGAAAUUGCGUUGACGACGCAGGAGAAAGAAGAGGAUUUCAUGGCCUUCAAGGGGACCAAGCCCUCACUCCGGCCCAAGAAACGGGCCAAGCCCAUCCAAAAGAACGUUAACCUGAUGAGCCCGGGUACAUGGCUAUGUGAUCUGUCACUGGAAAGAUAUGAAGUUCGAGAGAAGAAAACCUCCAAAAAGCAGAGGCCCAGAGGUUUGAGAGCUAUGGGAAGCAAGGAUAGUGAUUCUGAAUAAAUAGUGGUACGCAUAGCACAGAAUGAAAGAAAUAUUUGUGAAGAGGAAUAGCUAAAGCUUCGUUUGGAUCGGCUUUCUUACUGCUUCGUAAAGCAGUUUUUUAUUACAACCGCUGCUUUAAGAAGCAGUAAGAAAUCCGUCCCAAACGAAGCCUAACUGAAGGAUUAGCUGCAUUCUGGGCUUUGGCGCGCAAGGGGAAACUACAACAGCCAAAGUUAGCUUGCAGUGGAUACAAGUGAUGCGUGAAUCAGGAAUCAUCUGCACAGAGACAGAGAGGAAGAGAGCAUCCUCUUGUUAAACUCUGCAAAAUAAAGCAACAUCAAAGCUUAAUAUACCAUCUCUUUUAGCCUUCUUUUAUUUUUUUCUUUUGUCUUUUGGUCAAGUAAAUCGCAAUAUGAUCGGAAUUAGAUAGGAAUGUUUUGUAACAACUUGAUCAUUUCCUAGUUUCUGCUACCUGCUUGCUAAAGUUAUAUACCAAUACACGGCUCGAAUUAAAUAA